AUGGCGCCUAUAGGAGGAGCCCAGGAAUUUGAUGAUUUUGGCCUACCUAUUAGGAAAUAUGUAAGCCCCAAAGAGACGGAGCAAGAUGGGACCAAAAGCCGACCAAUUGGUGAGACGGGGAACAGCUCUAACGUGGCCACGAAAGAGAUUGUCACGAAAGAGGUAGAACCCUCACAGGAAACCGAAACCCCCCAAAAUACAACCAGUGCAAAAACAGCAAAAGGGAUUACAAAGGAAGCAACAGAUAACACCUUGAAACCUCCUAAAAACGGCACUAAAGUAGACGGCGCCUCUACUGAUAAUAGUGAUAACGACGACUUCCAAGAUGCGCCCUCUAACCCAACGCCAGAGCCUGCACCUCAGGCCAAGUCAAAAGAUGCCGACGAAGCCAAGACGCCCGUACCUACGCAAACCGAAUUCAGGGAAACGAGUACAUUAAAAGAGGAGCCAAAGGACGGUCCAGAUUCCUACGAGAAUCUAGACCUGCCGCAAAACUCCAAGCGCAAAAAUACAUCAAGCAAAGAGGUGCAAGCAAUCUCAGGGCCGACGUUCAAGCAGAUCGAGGCUGAUAAGCACGCGGAUGAGGUCAAAACAGUUCCACGCAUCGACCAUAGUCGAGACGUCAGUUUAGCGAGCACGAACCAUGACGUUUCCGAAUUCUCUCACCAGCAAUUGACCGGACACCACGAAGAAAAGAAAGCCGAUGACGACGAAGGCUGGCAGGCGAUGCCAGCAUAUGCACCAUAUGAUAUUUACGACGACGAUAAUAAACUUGUAGCUAAAGAACACAACCCUGAAGAGGAUGAUAAUUAUGGCUACGGGAGUCUUGGUGGGGCCGGUAAAGGGUAUACGAGAGUAUUAGAUGACGAGGACGCGGAGUCGGAAACGAGUAUGGAUGACAACACAAGAUAUCUCUUUAAAGACCCUAAGAGUACAAGCGUGACGGAGAUGGACGAAGAGCAGCGAGAUGCCGUCUCUCAGCUGCAGGCUACUAAGGAUCUGUUGACAGAGGGACAAAGGAUAGCCUACGUUGGAGUUACUCGUCUAGAACUCUCUGAGAUGGUCAAGGAGGCCGAGAGCGUCGAACGAUUGAAGAAGAUCAAGAAGGAGGUCCAGGUGGCGGCCGAAGCAAUGAGAAUGUGGUCUCAAAAGAUUAUGGUCCGACUAUAUGCGCAUAUGGAAAUAAGUCCUGCCGAACAAGUGAUGAUAGAGCAGUUAGCCGAGCAUGGAGUAAUGCCUAACGACCUCACAUCGGCCCUCAUGAAGAACUCGAGAGUCAAGAAUCCAAUGGCUGAGAAAACACCGUCGACCCCGAAGACGUCGUCGAAAAGCACGCGGUCAUCCAUUUCUACACCUCCCUCGGGAGAAGUAGUUGCGGAGCCACCUCCACCAUACGAAAGUCACGAUGGUGACGAAAUGCCAGAAGUGAGGACACCUUCACAGUUGCCGAGCACUGAUAAGAUUGAUAUCGAUUUGCGGUGGACCGUCCUCUGUGAUCUCUUCCUCGUACUGAUUGCCGAUUCAAUUUACGAUGCUCGGUCCCGAGUGCUACUCGAAAGGGUCGGCAAAGACUUGGACGUCCCUUGGAUAGACAUCUGCAGAUUCGAGAAGCGCGUCACUGAUGCUUUGGAGAUGCAACAGCAGGCCGAAAAGGAAAAUUGGAAUGAAGGAGAGCAUCUUGAAAAUAGGAGGAAACUGGCGCUCAAGAGGCGAUACGUCAUGAUGGGCUUAGCCACCGUUGGAGGUGGUCUAGUCAUCGGUCUCUCCGCUGGACUUCUAGCACCUCUUAUCGGCGCCGGCCUUGCUGCUGGUUUUACGACUAUCGGAGUUGGUGGUACUAGCUCCUUUUUGGCAGGGGCGGGAGGAGCCGCCAUUAUCACGUCUGGCGCCGCAGCCUCUGGAAGUUUUAUGGGUGGCAAGGCCGCAAACCGACGAACAGGGGCCGUGAAGACAUUUGAAUAUCGGCCACUGCACAACAACAAGCGCGUUAAUCUCAUUGUAACCAUCUCUGGGUGGAUGACUAGCAAGAUCGAUGACGUCCGUCUACCUUUUAGCACUGUCGACCCAGUAAUGGGAGACAUAUACUCGAUUCUGUGGGAGCCUGAAAUGUUGACUAGUAUGGGUGACACUAUUAAUAUCCUAGCAACAGAGGCCCUGACUCAAGGGUUGCAACAAGUGCUCGGAAGCACUAUCUUAAUUGGUUUAAUGGCUGCCCUACAGUUACCAGUGGUUCUAUCAAAAUUGACAUAUUUGAUUGAUAAUCCGUGGGCUGUUUCUCUAGACCGUGCAUGGGCUAGUGGACUUAUCCUUGCGGACUCCCUAAUUGACAGGAAUCUGGGUACUCGGCCUAUUACGUUGGUCGGUUACUCUCUCGGCUCCCGCGUCAUCUUCGCCUGUCUCUUAGAACUUGCUCGAAAAGGCGCCUAUGGUCUAGUCCAGAAUGUGUAUAUUUUUGGCUCGCCCAUCGUUGUGAAGAAGGAAGAAUUCAUCAAGGCUCGUACCGUUGUGGCUGGCAGGUUUGUAAACGGGUACAACAGAACCGACUGGAUCCUGGGCUACCUCUUCCGCCUGACGAACGGUGGCAUCCGCCGAAUAGCAGGCCUAGCCUCCGUUGACGGGGUACCCGGUGUAGAAAACUUCGACUGUACGGAAUUUGUCGUCGGUCAUAUGGAAUAUCGAACAGCGAUGCCUAGGCUCCUAAGAGAAUGUGGCUGGCUCGUUGAAAGCGACGAGUUUGGCGAGAUUGAGGAUCCGGAUCCGGAGCGGCAUAGAGAACGACAGCGGGAGCUGAUCAACGAGAUCGAGGAAGCUCGUAAGGAAUUAGAAAAGGAAGGGUCCUCAAAAAAGGGCGGCUGGGGUAUUUUCGGCCGCAAAAAGAGGACUUCUCGACAAGAGUGGGAAGUUUACGAGGAUAGUAAUAAGGGGUUAGAUGCAUCCAAAACGGACAAUAAGGAAAGUAAUAACCAGGGCGUCUUAUUCGAUGUCGAUGCGAUCAGGGCGGAACUCGCGAAAGAUGAGGAAAUACAGGUCAAAGAGUUGAAGUCUACUUUACCACCGAUGAAGCUCGAUUUCUCGCCGUCUUCAUCAACGAACAGCCCAAGAGAUACCCUGCGCGAGACAAAGAGCUACGAGGGCAUUUACAACAGCCCCUCCUUCGACUACAGAGCAUCUCAGGAACGCACACCAACAUUACCCCCCUCCCGAGCUCUAGGCUUCGGCAUGCCACCGCCAGAAGAGGAAAUCGAAAUGACUUUCGACACGGCGUUCACAGAACACCGCGAUGUUGCGCUAUCUCCGCCACGGCCAGAGAUCAAGACGGCGCAGACGACGCCAAAUAUAGCGUUGGCGGAUCCCUGGGCCGACGACGACGACGACUUUGGUAAGGAGAAGGAAAUCUCGAUGACUUUCGCGUAGUCUGUCUAGCAUUACGUGCCUGUAGGGAAAUUGCCAUACGUACCUACCUAACGUACCCGACGCUUAAAAUUGCCUGUCUUGUCUUGUCUUAUCUUGUCUGUCUUGGGCUGCAGUGGCAUACACACUUGGGGCACAUCCAUCGGCGUUCUUUAGCGUUUUAACAGGUCUCGUCGUUCUUUUACCUUCGGUAGAGAGAUCCGGGCCGCCUUUGAGGGUUUGGGCUACAUAUUUAGGGUUGUAGGUACCUAGGUAGUUAGUUAGUUGGUUGGUUGGUAUUUUAAACGGCGACGUCCAGACCAUGGGAUGGAUGGAUGGAUGGGAGGGAGAGUGCUUCGCUCUGGGAUGAAACUGAAUUGAACUGGACUGUGCUACACUGAGUGAGACGAGGGUUGUCUGCUUGAUGAGAUAAGUCAUAUCAUAUCGAAUGUAGUAUGUUGAUUAAUGAUAUAUCGUAAAGUUAU